GAGCGAGCAGGGGCCGGAGAGAAGCCAUUCAGUCCUCUGGACGGGCGGACCAGCCAGCGAGGACGGAGGAGCGAGCAUGCCCCAGAGAGCCCGGCCUGGCCGCCGCCGCCGCCGCCGCUAAAUGGCGCCCCGUCGCACCUCGCCCCCGCUGCCGCCCUCCGUCGUCGCCUUCCUGCUCUCCGUCCCAGGAAUAUGGUGCUUCAGUGAACUGUUUUUUGUGAAAGAGCCCCAAGACGUGACUGUUGCCAGGAAGGAGGUGGUGGUGUUAGACUGUCAGGCGCGUGGAGAAGUCCCCAUCACAAUCACAUGGCUCAGGAAUGGGGCAAAAGUUUUGGAAAACGAACGGAUCUACACUUUGUCCAAUGGCUCUUUGUACAUCAGCGAGAUGGAGAGCAAGCGAGGGGAAGUGUCGGAUGAAGGCCUCUACCAGUGCUUGGCCCUGAAUAAAUAUGGUGCCAUCCUCAGCCAAAAGGCUCACCUGACCUUAGCAACCAUGUCUGCCUUUGAAGUCCAGCCCGUUCCAGCUGAGGUCCACGAAGGGAGUGUGGCUCGCUUUGCCUGUAAAAUACUUGCCAGCCCUCCAGCCAUCAUCACUUGGGAAGUCAAUCGGACCACCUUGCCAAUAGCCAUGGACAGGAUAACAGCGUUACCGUCGGGAGUCCUGCAGAUCUAUGGCGUGCAGCAGAGGGAUGCUGGCAGUUACCGCUGUGUUGCUACCACGGUUGCCAACCGGCGGAAGAGUGUGGAGGCAGCACUCACAGUUCUCCCAGCCUCCGGCCUGAAGCCUUUCCACAAGCCGGCAAUCAUCGCUGGACCUCAGAACAUCACGGCCUCUCUGCACCAAACGGCCAUCUUUGAGUGUGUCGCCACCGGGAACCCCAAGCCGAUUCUUUCCUGGAGCCGCUUGGACCACAAGCCCAUCGAUGUCUUCAACACCCGCGUGCUUGGCAGUGGCAAUCUCAUGAUCUCGGACGUGAAGGUGCAGCACGCGGGCGUCUACAUCUGCCGCGCCAGCAUCCCAGGCACUCGCAACUUCACCACGGCCAUGGCCACUCUGGUCGUGCUGGCUCCCCCGUCAUUUGUGGAGUGGCCAGAGAGCCUGACAAGGCCUCGAGCUGGGACGGCGCGUUUUGCUUGCCAGGCCGAGGGCAUCCCGACUCCCAAGAUGUCCUGGCUGAAAAACGGGAGGAAGAUCCACUCCAACGGCAGAAUCAAGAUGUAUAACAGUAAAUUGGUGAUCAACCAGAUCAUCCCCGAAGAUGACGCCAUCUACCAGUGUAUGGCCGAGAACAGCCAGGGCUCCAUCCUCUCCCGGGCUCGGCUGACGGUGGUUCUGUCUGAGGACCGGCCCAGUGCGCCCUGCAACGUCCACGCGGAGACCAUGUCGAGCUCGGCCAUCCUCCUCGCCUGGGAGAGGCCGCUGUACAAUUCGGACAAAGUGAUUGCUUACUCGGUGCACUACAUGAAGGCGGAAGGUUUAAAUAAUGAAGAAUAUCAAGUUGUUAUUGGAAACGACACAACACAUUAUAUCAUUGAUGACCUGGAACCUGCCAGCAACUACACUUUCUAUAUUGUGGCCUACAUGCCCCUGGGGGCCAGCCAGAUGUCUGACCACGUGACACAGCACACCCUGGAAGACGUCCCUCUGAGAGCUCCUGAGAUCAGCUUGACCAGCCGGAGUCCCACAGACAUCCUGAUCUCCUGGUUGCCAAUUCCAGCCAAGUACCGGCGAGGUCAGGUGGUUUCCUUCCGCUUGUCGUCCCGCCUCAGUGCUGAAAGCACCAUUCAGGUGGUGGAGCUUCCGGGUACGACAUACGAGUAUCUUCUCAGAGGCCUGAAACCGGACAGUGUUUAUUUGGUCCGCAUUACGGCAGCUACGCGGAUUGGCUGGGGAGAAGCCUCCCUGUGGACCUCCCACCGGACCCCCAAAGCCACGAGCCUCAGAGCACCAAAGUCUCCGGAGCUGCGUUUGGAGCCCUGGAACUGCACAACUCUCACAGUGAGCUGGCAGCAGGAGCUGGCAGACACAGCAACCGUCCAGGGCUACAAGUUGUACUACAAGGAGGAAGGCCAGCAGGAAAACGGGCCAAUCCUGCUGGAGGCCAGUGACUUGACACACACCAUCAGUGGUUUGGAUCCCAGAAGGAAGUACCACGUGCGUCUGCUGGCCUAUAACAACUUGGAAGACGGCUACCAGGCAGAUCAAACCGUCAGCACCCCUGGAUGUGUCUCUGUCCGCGACCGCAUGGUUCCGCCGCCUCCGCCUCCUCACCACCUCUAUGCCAAAGCCAACUCUUCCUCCACGAUCUACCUGCACUGGGGACGCCCCGCCUUCACUUCCGCGCAAGACAUUAACUACACACUCCGCUGCAACCCGGUGGGGCUGCAGAAUGCUUCUCUGGUCCUCUACCUUCAAACGUCAGAAACCCGCAUGCUGGUUCAGGGGCUGGAGCCGAGCACCCAGUAUGAGUUUGCAGUCCGGCUUCACGUGGACCAGCUGUCCAGCCCUUGGAGUCCGGUGGUUUACCACGCGACCCUUCCCGAAGCGCCAGCCGGUCCCCCGUUGGGAGUGAAGGUGACGCUGAUCGAGGACGCCACGGCUCUGGUGUCUUGGAAGCCGCCGGGAGGCCAGGGCACUGUGGUCUCUCGCUACACUAUCCUCUACGCGUCUAGAAAAGCGUGGAUCGCUGGAGAAUGGCAGGUCCUGCACAGGGAAGGGAGGAUGACGAUGGCCUUGCUGGAGAACCUCGAGGCGGGGAAUGUCUACAUCGUCCAGAUAGCAGCCUCCAACGAAGUCGGGGAGGGGCCGUUCUCCAGCGCGGUGGAGCUGGCUGUCCUGCCCCGAGACGCCCCCGAGUCGAACCAGAGGCCCAAACGCCUGGACUCGGCAGAUGCGGCGGACAGCGCCUCUUCCGGCUACUACCAGCUGGACCAGAAGUCCAUGACGGGCAUCAUUGCCGGCGUCUGCAUCGCCCUGACCUGCAUCUCGGUCUGUGUGCUCAUCCUGAUCUACCGCAGCAAGGCCAGGAAAACGCUGGCUCCCAAAUGCCCCCAGCGAGGCGGCUCCGGCCGGCUCUCUCCGCAGGGCAGCUCCUCGGUCGGUGCCAGCGCGGCGGCGGGCAAGAGCGUGGAAGGGGCGGCAGAGAACGGAGAGGAGGCCUUGCUGCCGGGGGUGGAGGAGGGCCACACCUUCCUGGACGCCAAGGGUGGCACCGACCUGGUUAUCAACCGCUACGGCCCCAUUGAGAAGAAGCGUGGCAGGAAGAAGUGGCUCUUCUUCCAGGACUUGAGGGCGGCGGCCAAGGAGGGAGAGCCCCAGCGAGGAGGACGCUUCGCCCCAGCAGCCUGCUGCGUGUACCAGUCCGGCCCAGCCGUGCUCCUUGGCCAGGAGGGCUCCCCGGAGCAGCCGCCGCCGAGCGACCCGGCCCCUUUCCGCCUUGUUGCCGCCGACACGGAGCAUUCUGCCCAGAGCGAAGGGAGCCACGAAACGGGCGAUUCGGGCAGGUUCUCCCACGAGUCCAGCGAGGAGCUGCCCCCCUCCACAGGCCUCGGGGCGGCCCCAGCGCCCUCCGACACUGCUGCCGGCAGGGACUCGUGUGGGACCCUGUGCCCAGCCGCGAGGGCCUCCGAGGAGCCGCCUGGCCCACGCUGCCGGCUGCCUCUCCAGCUGCCGCCCAGGGGACAGAACUGAGGGGCCGGCCAGGAGACGUGCGGGCGCCGGGGACCGUGAACAGGGAGCCAAAGCUUUAAGUGGGGCGCCCUCGGGUGGCCCCGUGUUCCUCUUGGCCAUUCUUGUUUUCGUCUUGUCGUGCAAAAAACUCACUCGUUUGAAUGUCCGAUGAUCAGCAAUGGGAAAAGAGAGGCGCGCUCUCCGAGUCGAAGCAAGGAGGAGGGAGAAGUCUCUCUCCAGAGCUAGACCGCCGUCGCUGGAGCAAAGGGGGUGCCUUUGCUGUCUAUCUACCUCAGUUUGCCGGGUGGCGAACUCCGAAGAAGAAGAAGAAGAAGAAGAAGAAUUACCUCGCGCGUGUCCCGAGUCGCUGCUUCCUGCUCGUCUCCUCCGAGUACCGUCUCCCCCCCCCGCCCCGCCCCGCCCCGCCCCGCCGGUGUUGUGUGUGAAUGUGCGCGUGUGGUCCAAGGAGUUGUGUGGGGAGGCAAGCAGGGCUGUCCAGCAGGGGAGGGGAGGGCGAGGCGGGCGGAGAGCCAGGAGGAGGGGCCCUUGGGACGGGCGCGGCGCCCUCCAGACGGCUUCCCGCAGGCCCCCGGGAGCACCGGGCGAGCUCUGCCUGCCUGGGCUCGGCCUCAUGAGCCCCGGAGGCCCGCCCCAGCCCCGUUGC